CCCAUUAUCAGACAACCAAACAUUGCUCAUGACAUGGGAGGAGAAAAAUGGAUUGGUAGAUCCAAAGUAGUUGAUCGUUGAACGUUGAACAGCUUUUUAAUUCACGUUCAUUCAAAAAGGAAGAAACAGAAUUUCGGCAAAAUAAACCGCAAUGGAUCCACAAGAUUUCCGCUUCUCGACUCAAAUCUCUCAUUUAGCUCUCGACAUCGGAGGGACUCUGAUAAAGCUCGUCUAUUUCUCGGCAAAUGGAGACAAUUUUGAGGAGUCUAGCGACGGAAGUAUCGUCGUGCGUAGUGGUUGCUCCGUUGUGGAAGGCAGACUCUGUUUCGCCAAGUUUGAGACCAGAAAGAUUGAUGAUUGUUUAGAGUUUAUUCGAUUCAAUAUCCUUCACCAUUCUUCCGGGGUUAAGCAUCCAAAUGGCACAGCCAUGGAUAAACUUUCUGUUAAGGCCACAGGUGGUGGAGCAUUUAGAUUUGCUGAUCUCUUUAAGGAGAAACUUGGAAUUCUUUUCGAUAAGGAAGAUGAGAUGCAUUGUCUUGUUGUGGGUGCAAAUUUUCUCUUAAAGACAGUCCCAAGGGAAGCUUUUACCUACUUGGAUGGCCAAAAGGAGUUUGUCCAGAUCGACCAUAAUGAUUUGUAUCCAUAUCUCCUUGUUAAUAUCGGCUCUGGCGUUAGCAUGAUCAAGGUCGAUGGAGAUGGUGAGUAUGAGCGAAUAAGUGGAACAAGCCUUGGUGGAGGCACAUUUUUAGGUCUUGGAAAGCUUUUAACAAAAUGCAAAAGUUUCGAUGAGCUGCUCGAGCUAAGUCACCAUGGAAAUAACAGAGUAAUUGACAUGCUUGUAGGAGAUAUCUACGGUGGAACAGAUUAUUCAAAGAUUGGUCUCUCUUCAACAGCCAUCGCAUCCAGCUUUGGAAAAGCGAUAUCUGAUGGCAAAGAACUGGAAGAUUACCAGCCAGAAGAUGUUGCAAGAUCUCUUCUAAGAAUGAUAUCGAAUAACAUCGGUCAGGUCUGUUCUUGCAAACAUUUCCAUGCAUUUUACAGAAAACUCGAAGCUGGUAAUUUCUUUUUUCUGAUUGGAUUGUGUAAUUUCCUCUAUUGCUCUCUCCAGAUUGCUUACUUGAAUGCACUAAGAUUCGGCCUGAAACGUAUAUUCUUUGGUGGAUUUUUCAUCCGUGGUCUUGAGUACACCAUGGACACAAUCUCUGUUGCUGUUCAUUUUUGGUCGAGAGGUGAGGCAAAGGCAUUGUUCUUAAGACAUGAAGGGUUUCUUGGAGCUUUAGGAGCAUUCACGAGCUACGAAACUCAGAGCCAUAAUAACGACUUAAAAUCUUAUCAUCAUACAGUUGAAAGAGAAAUUGUUAACUGUUCAGAUGAUAAGAUUCGUCACAUGCCAGUAACUGCUAAUUUAAACGAUGGCGAAACCAUAGAAUGUAGUAUCAAUUUAGUUUAGUCUUUUUAUACUUGUAACUUGGUGCAGUAAUCACACCAGUUGUAUUGUUAUGAAAUGAGUGUAGAAUAAAAAUGUCCUUUUAAGUUUAUUGCU